AUGGAACUGGUAUCUGGAAAAGUGGUUCUAGGUUGCCCCAAUGCAGGCAAUCCAUUCCAUGAGUGUACUGCAAUCUGUCUUUUCGAGAUAUUAAACUCCGGAAAUGUCCACAAGAAGGAAAGAAACUCUUUGGGUUUUGGUAAGAGAACUCCAAAGCAGAGACACUCCCGUCAGCGCAGUCCCGCUCGUGGAAGCAGAUCGCCUCUUGCCAGCUUAUUUGCCAAGAUUGAAUCAGACACUUCACCUUCCACUGAUCACACCAAUGGUAACUUCUUCAGCCGCUUGUCCCCACUCCACGGACGCCAGUCCCAGCUCAAGAACGAGCGUACAAACAAUAUGGACUCGCUCCCUAUGUCUCCUUCCCUGGCAGGAUACUCCGGGGGAGAUCAUUUUGCAAGGAGGGCUGAUCAGCGUGGAGGUGAGGAUAAUGAUGUACUCUCCAGGCCCUUUGGAACUCAGCCUAAGACGCCUGAACACCCUCUCAGGACACCUCGGCACAAGCCCCACACACCCAAACACGCCUCUAACACUAGGUCGUGGGCUCAACAAAAGGACCCUAUCUCACUUGAAACUAGGCUGAGGACUCCUGAACGCGUAUCAAACACCUCUCAUACUAGGCCGAUGACACCCAUACAUGACUCCACCGCAACCGCAAGGAGCCCCCAAACGCCAGAAAAUAGGACGAGGACUGCACAAGAUAAAGGAUCACCUGAAUUCAUGUCCAUCCCAGGGCCAAGGUCCAAGACUCCAGAGCCUCAGCCUACCUACUUUGAACCAUUUUCAAGGACUCCGAAACAGCGGUGCAAGACGCCUGAACCAGCCCUAGAAUUUCCCAAACUCACCCAUAUCCCACAGAUCCUUGACAGUACUGCUCUUCAAACUCCUCGGGUAGCUGAAACUAGGCCUAGGAUGGGAACAAGGCCGAGAAUACAUGAAAGUAGGGAAAAGACUGCAGUCCAAAAAGGAAGGUCACCUGAGCAAGAAAAGAUCUCCCAAACGUAUUUGGAGAUGGGUCAAAUAUCAUCACAGGAGAUCUCCCGCAUGAAAGGAAUAAUAGUUAAAAAGAAUGAAAAAAGAGAAGUGCAGUCCGUUCAAUAUGAGUCUAUCGUUUCCGUGGGAGAUUACCAAGUCAGAGGGAGCGUUUCGGCCACUUUGAGCAAAUCUAGACGAGAACGGCGACAUUGCAUUCCGCGUUCCAAACUACAUUCGCUUAACACAAGAUCCUACAUACUGACGAAUGCUUGCCUCCGUGGUUUCGAACUCCAGACGACGCCCUUAGAGCAUCUCAGGAGCCACGUGGUGGAAAUGCUAGCGAUUGUUAGAGACGUUGAGUCCGUUGAAUAUCAAGGCAGGUUGGCUCAAGUUGUUUUAGAGGAAAUCGUUGAGGCGGUAAAGCACUACGACCAGCACAAGAUGAGGAUAAUGGAGAAAGAGGUGUGCCAAGGGGGAUGUGUUGCUUGCAGACAAGAAAUGGAGAAACAGGGGGAAGAGCUGGGAGAAGGAGAACAAGAGUUGAAAGAGUGGAGAGAUAGACCAACCGAGAUGGCUUAUAUACACAAGUAA